CUCAACCAUCUCAGCUCCAAAACAAAGAAAUAACGGGGCUUCUCUCAAACUCAACCACGAACUCCAUAUACGCUUGCAACGAAAUUCUUUGUUUUACUUUCAAAUUAUACCGUCAACAUGGACCUCGUCAAUCACCUGACUGACCGCUUGCUUUUUGCGGUGCCCAAGAAGGGCAGACUGCAACAAGCCGCGCUCGACCUCCUCAAUGGCUCCGACAUUCAAUUCCGCAGGGAAACCCGUUUGGAUAUUGCGCUUGUCCGGAACCUUCCGAUCGCUCUCAUUUUCCUGCCCGCGGCCGACAUUCCUACUUUUGUUGGAGAGGGUCGUGUUGACAUUGGUAUUACCGGAAGAGACCAGGUGGAAGAGCAUGCUGCGACGACACCAAUCAGCAGUGAGGAGCAGGGUGUGGAAGAGAUUUUGGAUCUUGGCUUCGGCAAGUGCAAGCUGCAGGUGCAGACACCUGAGAAGGGUUCAUUGAACGACCCCAAGGAUCUCAUUGGAAGAAACGUGGUCACCAGCUUCGUCGGUCUUACUGAGGCCUACUUUAAGGAGUUGGAGGGCGUAUCCGGUGACAAGAAGAUUAAGACGAACAUCAAGUACGUCGGUGGCAGUGUCGAAGCCGCAUGUGCGCUGGGCGUCGCGGACGGCAUUGUCGAUCUUGUUGAGUCUGGAGAGACUAUGAAGGCAGCUGGCCUGCGAGCCAUCUCGACGGUUGUUGAGAGCACUGCUAUCCUCAUCAAGUCUAAGCGCCCUUCAAAUCCCCAGCUGGUCGACCUAAUUGCGUCGCGAAUCAAGGGAGUUAUCACUGCUCAAAAAUACGUUCUCUGCCAAUACAACAUUCACCGAUCGAAGCUCGAUGUUGCCACAAAGAUCACCCCUGGAAAGCGGGCACCCACUAUUACUACCCUUGAAGAGGAGGGAUGGGUUGCCCUCAGCUCCAUGGUCGAGAAGAAGCAGAUUGCUACCGUCAUGGAUAAUCUGGAGGCCGUUGGCGCCAGCGACAUUCUAGUCUUGAACAUUGGAAACUCGAGAACUGGUUGAUUCACAGGCCAAAAAUUGGUCCGUCAAACCCACUUUCGGGCGUGCCCAAAACUUCCCAGCAAGGACUUGAGCUGCACCUGCCGGGAAGCACAUAUACUUCUCUCAACCUCCCGCCCAUUCGCGUCUGCGGCACGAUAUUUUUGUCCUUUUAUGUCCCACUCGGGUUGGCACGAGUGAAUUCUUGGAGAUCACUUGAGAAAUAUUAGACCUGCUCUUGUCAUGUAGAUAGCGCUAUGUUCAGCCUUUUCAAGAAAUUUAAAAAGAAGAGAAGAGCUAUUUUCAAGGAACUCCCCAAUUGCAUGAAACGCACUCU